AGGAAGCAGCAAGGGAAUAUUCCAACAUGGCGCUGCGGACACUCAGCUCCUCCGCGUUUAGAAAUGUCAACGUUUUCUGUGUCAGUAACAGGACAUUUCUCACAACAGCCUUCCUCUGCAGACGGGCGCCUCCUCUGGGGCCAAUGCCCAAUGAGGAGAUUGAUGUGGAAAACCUGGAGUCGUUAGAGAAAUAUCGCAGCUACAAUCGUUACCUCAGACAAGCCGAAGAGGCACAGAACAAACCCGUGUGGUGGAAGACGUACAGGAGCUAUGUGGAGAAAGCUGAUCCUGAUCACGCCGAUACUGAGAUGGUGGACAUCGGACUGCCGUACUAUCGGCCCAAAAGGACCAAAGAAGUGAAGGAGAGGAGGCAGCUGCUGCAGGACAACAGGCAGAACGUGGAGUUGGAGAGGGCCUCCCGACUCCGCACCUUGAAAGUCUCGCUGGAUCAAGUGCAGGAAGCCUGGGAAAAGAGCAGCGGCCCGUUUCAUGUAAAAAGACUGGCAGAACAUUACGGGGUCUUCAGAGAUCUCUUCCCAAAUGCUCAUUUCCUACCUCAGGUCACACUCCGCAUCAGGUAUCACCAGGACAACAGUGGUCAAGUGCAUUAUGGGAAUCGACUGACACCGACUGAAGCAGCGUCCAAUCCCCAGAUCGGCUUUGAAGCAGAGGAGGGUUCCCUGUGGACCGUUCUGCUCACCUCUCCAGAUGAGCAUCUUCUGGAUAAUGGAGCAGAGUACAUUCACUGGCUCGUGGGGAACGUACCAGGCGGCGCAGUACCGGCCGGAGAGGAGCUGUGCCACUACCUCCCCCCCUUCCCUGCCAGAGGAACUGGCUUCCACCGCUAUGUUUUUAUCCUCUUCAAGCAGGAGGGACCCAUCAACUUCCAGGAAGACGCCAGGCCUUCCCCGUGUCUUUCGCUUGUGGAUCGCACCUUUAAGACGGUGGAUUUCUACAGGAAGCACCAGGACCGCAUGACGCCUGCGGGCCUGGCGUUUUUCCAGAGCCAGUGGGAUGAAUCCGUCACCAGCACCUUCCACAACACGCUGAACAUGAGAGAGCCGGUGUUCGAGUUCAUCCGGCCUCCAGUGUACCACCCUCCACAAGUCAAAUACCCACAUGGAAAGCCUCUGCGCUACCUGGACCGAUACAGAGAUGGAAAGGAGCACACCUACGGAAUAUAUUGAUCCAGAGACGCAUGCAGAGUUGAAAAAUUCACAAGUUGCAGAUGUGGAAUCAUGUUUGGAGUAUUUAUGUUAUAAUAAAUUGUUUUUAACCAUU